CAGAAUCAGCUGACUCUGGCUCAGCUCGCCGCGAAGCCUGGGAACCCCAACCCAAGCAGGAGCCAACCCAUCAACCUGAACCAUUACACCACCAAGAAGAGCAUGGCAGAGAGCAUGCUGGAUGUGGCUCUCUUCAUGUCCAAUGUCAUGCGGCUGAAGAUGGUGCUGGAGCAGGGGCCAUCCUCUCAAUACUAUGUUACCCUCAUCACCCUCAUCAGCAUCUCUCUGCUCUUGCAGGUCGUCAUUGGAAUCCUCCUGGUGGCCAUGGCACGGCUGAACCUCAAUGAAGUAGAAAAGCAGUGGUGACUAAAGCAGCUCAACAAUGCUGCCACCAGUUUGGUCUUCAUCACUGUUGUCAUCAACAUCUUCAUUACAGCCUUUGGGGCACAUAAGACAGGAUUCCUGGCUGUCAGAAGCUCAAGGGAUCCUCUCUGAACUCAGAUGGGACCCAGGUGGGGGAUGACGGGAGGCUCUUGGGCCCAAAGCUUUUUCUCACCUCUGAGGA